GCCCCGGAGCGCAGAGAGGGCGCCGGGGAGGGACGCUGGGUGGCCGUUGGUCCUCGCCUUCGGGUCUCCAUGCCUCGGCAGCGCCCUGCUCCGCAGCCAACGGCCCGCAAGCUGUAGCUAUGGCUGCCGUGGCCGUCCUCCGGAACGACUCUCUGCAGGCCUUCCUCCAGGACCGCACCCCCAGCGCCUCCCCGGACCUGGGCAAGCACUCGCCCCUGGCGCUGCUAGCCGCCACCUGUAGCCGCAUCGGCCAGCCCGGAGCCGCUGCGCCCCCGGACUUCCUGCAGGUGCCCUACGACCCCGCGCUGGGCUCGCCCUCCAGGCUCUUUCACCCUUGGACCGCAGACAUGCCGGCGCACUCACCGGGCGCGCUGCCGCCCCCGCACCCCAGCCUGGGCCUGACGCCGCAGAAAACGCACCUGCAGCCGUCCUUCGGGGCGGCGCACGAGCUGCCGCUCACACCCCCCGCCGACCCCUCGUAUCCCUACGAGUUCUCACCCGUCAAGAUGCUGCCCUCGAGCAUGGCGGCGCUGCCCGCCAGCUGCGCGCCUGCCUACGUGCCCUACCCUGCACAGGCCGCGCUGCCUCCCGGCUACUCCAACUUGCUGCCCCCGCCGCCCCCGCCCCCGCCGCCCACGUGCCGCCAGCUGUCCCCCAACCCGGCCCCCGACGACCUCCCUUGGUGGAGUAUCCCGCAGGCGGGCACCGGUCCGGGGACUUCCGGGGUUCCGGGGGGCAGCCUCGCCGGCGCCUGUGCCGGGGGCCCCCACGUGUACGGCAAGACGUCGCACCUGAAGGCACACCUGCGCUGGCACACGGGCGAGCGGCCCUUCGUGUGCAACUGGCUCUUCUGCGGCAAGAGCUUCACGCGCUCGGACGAGCUGCAGCGGCACCUGCGGACUCACACGGGCGAGAAGCGCUUCGCCUGCCCGGAGUGCGGCAAGCGCUUCAUGCGCAGCGACCACCUCGCCAAACAUGUCAAGACGCACCAGAAUAAGAAGUUCAAAGUUGCUGAGGCCGGGGUCAAACGGGAAGACCCGCGGGACCUGUGAGCCCACGCCGGGGCAACUCGAGGCCUCUCCCGCCUCGGACUCCGGUCCCAGCACCUCUUCCGGGAGCUUCCGGGGCUCUGUGGGCACCUGGCCGAGGGAGGACCCAACAGGCACUUGCGUCUUCCUGCUGCCGGUCUCCCAAAGGCUCCCAGCUUCCCUGGCCCGGCCUGCGGACAGGGACCCUGUGCCCAGGAGAAGCAGGGGAGGUAGGGUUGGGAGCUCGGCGCCAUGCAAGGGCGGUUUCAAGCUCUGAACCAUUCCCACCGUCUGGGAGAUCUACAGUUUUGGGGAACCACACUGGGCUGGCCUUGUAUAUAGGAAGCACUGCUGAAUUAAAGCAGAAGGACCUUGGGAGAUUUGAAAUAGUGCUCAGUUUUGGGGGAGGGGGGUUGUUUUGUUUUGGUUUUUUUUGUUUUGUUUUGUUUUGGUUUUUUUGCUAGGACCAGGCCGGGCUUUGUACAGGUUAUUUAAAUAGCUUUGUUAAAGAAUUAUUAUAAUAAUUAUAACAUUAAUAAAAAUGUUACUUUUGUCCUCAGCUCCAUGAAGAGCUACAGCAUGAAAUGUCUCUGUAAAGCAAUCAGCAGUUGC